AGUCGGGGGGUGGUUUAGGUGCGUUAUGGCGCAUUAGAGCAGUAAAUUCCCGACUGGGCUGCACUUGACGCAGAUACAAUAACAUCGACGCAGAGUUGAGUACAUGCGAGCUAGACCAGAGACAACAUUACAUUUACAGGAUCACUGAAGCAGCGAGAGAGGGAGGGCGGGAGAGCGAGAGAUGCUUUCAGAAGGUGCCAAAAAGUGAGAGAGGUAGAAGAGAGAGAGAGAAAGGGAGAGAUGGAACACAGUCUAUGAACGACACAGUACAGCGGUCGCAUACAUCAAGCUUCAGGGGAAGACCUACGGAGAAAGCACAACAAAAGGGGAGAGGUUCCCAUUCGUCCAGGUCUCCUUCCUGCAAUGAUGUGCAAGGCUCUGAUCUUUGCCGUGCUGCUCCUAGCAGUUCCCCUGGAACGUGCAGACAGUCGAGCCCUCAGGACCCCCGUGGAUGCCAUACAGUUUGUCGAACAGUUUUUGGAACACUACAAUGACCUCUUGAACAUUGAUGACCUUGAGAAUCAGACGGGAGAUCAACUGGAGAGUCCACAACCGUUGGGCUCGGGGCUAAAGGUUGCAGAGUACCCCAAGUGGAUCGACAUUCCUUCGCAGAACGACAACACUUGGUUCCGCCUCCUGAGGGGGGCUUUGGCCAAUCGGAAAAGGGCUUUACCGGACAGAGCGAAGCGGGGUUGGAACCGGGGUUGCUUUGGCCUCAAACUUGACCGCAUUGGCUCGCUGAGCGGUCUCGGAUGUUAGUGGUUGACUGUGGUCAGUGCUGAUCUUCAGGAGCGAAACUGGAACUACAACCAACAUGAUGAAGUGCAGUGAAGGUCCCCCCAAUGAAUAUUGCUUUUCAUUCAAACCAUACUGGGAAGAAUGCAGACUUACUGUACUGCUGGUGCAAUUAUCGUAGUCCAUGGUUAAAAACAGAGUCUGAUAUGUGUUAUUAACUUAAAAGUUAGUAAUAAUACCAACCUACCAACUGUUGCUAAUGCUUUGUAGAAUUGUUCAAACUAGUUGUUCUUUCCAGUUGUGGAGUUGUAAUAUUUAACCUGAGUGAUGUGUAUUUUUAAAUUAUUGUUUGUGUGUAGACUAUUAUUUGUCUUAUGUUUGCUUUCAAAUAUUUGGAGUAUUAUGUCUUUCAGAGUUACUGUAUAUUAUUAAUAUUUGUGAUGAAUUUUGUUUAAUUGUUCUACAUAAGUGUAAAUUAAAUUGCAUGUUUGAUGGACUGUAAAUUAACAUUUUUUAAAUGUCAGUUAUUUAAUUGCAGUAAGAUUUGUUAUUUCCUUUUGUUUACAUUCCAUGUAGCAUGAACAAGUCUUAUUUUAAAAUCAUAGACCGAGUUAAUCACUGGUGCCUUGAUUUAUAUGUAGGCAGUUAUAGUAUUCAUGUGUUGGUACAGCUUUCAUUUCAAAUGUGCAAAUUUACUUCUUCAGCCUGGUCAUAGGUAUGGAGAAAUCAUAGUUUGCACCCCUUUUGAAAACCCAUUGUGGCCAUUAUAACCUGCAUUUCUGCUAAUAAAUUUAAAUCGAGGAAAAUCUAACUUUGUAAUGCAUAAAAUAAACAUCCUGUUACGUUGUUAUAAAUAUGUAUCUUUUGUUGAGCCAAGCAAAUCCAAUUAAAAUGGCAUGUACAAGUCA